CAACAAUCCGCACAACCGCCGCCCUCUCCCUUGACGAAUGAAUGUAGGAAAUCGCUCCGAAAAUCACUGUCAAGCGGGCACAUGCCCUAAAAUUGCUGUAGCCCACUGAACGUACUGCACAUAUUCGCAACGCCAAGAGUGGAAGCAAACCUUCCCCGCCCCCUCUGCGAGAAGACCACGAACGACAAACAACGACGAACAACGACUAACAACAACAAGAGAGAAAGAGAUUCGGAGAGAGGGAGAUAUUGAGAAGAGCAAGCGCCGCUUUGCCACCGCCACCUACUCGAAUCCGAACAACACCCCAUAAUCCCAGACACCAUGGCUGAUCCAUGCAGUAUCUUGGGCCUCACCGGCCCGGCUGAGCAAGUCGUCCGCCUCAUCGCAAGUCUCAUCGCUCGACACCAAGCCUACAAGAAAAACAAGACGCUCUCUACCGAAAUGCUCACCGCGUACACCAACUUGCAGAGAGACAUCACGGAGCUUGAAAAGAUGCCGAUCCAUGGAACGUCGUCGCAGCACACGGGCUUGCUCCGACGUGAAAUCGCGGACAUCUCAAGCUUCAUAUUGAAGUCCCUCGCUGAGCUGCAGAAAGAGUCGAAAGACCCAAAAGCGAGACUCGGUGCGUUCGCCUCUGCAAUGGGAGAUAGAGAAGUCCUAGAGAAGCGAAAGCAAGAAGCGGACCGCCUUCACAAACGUAUUGUACAAGCAAGCACGGGCAUCGAUACUCGCACGGCCGUCGAGUCGAUCAGACGAGGCACGGGUAAUAUGUUCAGGGCGUCGAUAAGAGCCGAACAUAAUCCUGCGUCGAUAUGUGUGAAGCUUGAUUCUCGGGGGAGCGAUGGAUUACCAAACACGUGUGAGUCGCGUCUAAAAGCGGCUGUGCUACGGAGAGAUAGGAACAAGCAAGUGGGUGCGACAGCAGUGGGACAGGGCGGAGUCGGGAAGACAUGUGCUCUACGAGCGAUCGCGCACGACGUUGAGAUUAUGGCAGAGUUCUCGGGAGGAGUGUACUUCAUGUUGUUGGGGAAAGAUGGAAACGUGGGACGGCUGAUUGAAGAACUGUGUCUGAUUGUGGAAGCGUCCGGUGGGAACCAGACGGCUGUGGAAAUGCGAGAGCAGAGCGAGUUUGAAAGGGUGUUAGCGAAGGUACAAGCGUGGUUUUGUAGUCAUGUGUGCCUGUUCAUCAUUGAUGAUGUGUGGGUGGUGAAUGAUAUAGACGCGAAUAUCCUUCAAAAGUUGUCUGUUCUGGCUGAGACUGCGGGGGGCAGCGGGGGAAGGAGGAGCAGACUACUGUAUUCCACGAGGGAUAAGGAGCUGCGUCAGAUUGGGGAGCGGGUUGCUUUCGAGCCGAGGGAGAAGGUAGGGAAAGAAGCAGUCGAGAUGCUUGUGCACGCGAGUGAGGCAAAUGGAGAGGAAGUGGAUGAUGUGAGAUGCAAGGAAGCCGUGGGUGAAAUACUGAAAAUGUGUGGCGGAUUGCCGCUUGCGCUGAACGUGGCGGGAACGAGCGUGAGGUACGUGAGGGAAAGAUGGGAGGGAGAAGUAUCAGAAGCAUGGGGGGCGUACCUUUCGAAGAUGAAGAGUCGUAACACGAUUCGCGGGGAGAGUCCGAAGGACGGAUAUUCGUCGUUGGAUGGGACAUUGCAUACGUCUCUAGAUAUCCUGGAGGCCGAUGUGGGAAGGAGUGGGGAGACAGUUGGUGAAUUUUCGUUUCGAAAGAUGCACCGGAGUCUGUGCGUUAUGAAGAAGCAAGACCGAAUACCUUUGAGUUUGGUUGGAGAUUUGUGGGAGAUGGACGAGGAGCGGACGGAAAGGUGUGCAAAGGAGAUGGAAAGGGUUGGACUAGUAGAAGUGCAGUAUGAGAAGGAUUGUGGUGGGUUGCGGGUGCAUGAUCUGACGCACGAUUUCGCGGUGGAAGAAGCGAAGAAGAAUGAGGGUGUAGAAGAGUGGUAUAAGAAGAUGGCGGAUGUGUGCCGGGCAGGGGGAGGGUUGCUUGCGAUGAGUGAGGAUCGAGACGGAGAGGGCAAGAGCGCACGGGAGGAGUAUGUUUUCGAGAAUAUAUAUCGUGUUUUGAAGCAGGGUGGGUGUGUAGAGGAGCUGAAGAGGCUAUUUUUGAGUGCGCGAUGGGUGAAGACAGUGAUACGGAGAGGCGGGGUUUGGCAAUACGAGAAAGCUGUGAAGGGAUUGAGUAGAGACUUGAAGGGGAAAAGGGGAAGCGGGAAGGUGGGAAUGGGACGGGCAGAUGAGGAUGCAGUGGAUGGAAUGGUUUUGAUGAUGCGGGCGGCGCGACUGAGUGUACCGUUUUGUGGUGAAAACAGUGCCGGGAUUUACUUUCAACUAUAUGGGCGAGUGAAGCACAAGGCACGGGAUUCAAGUUGUGUGCGAAAAAUGCUGGAGGAAAUUGAGAGAUACGCACCACGGCCGUGGGUGCGGCCUGUGAGUGAGUGUGUAGCGCGAGCCGAUGGAAAGAUGGUGGAGCAGAUUGUUCUGCCAAAUUUCGGUUUUGAAAUUCAAGUGGGCAUGGAUUCCAGUGGUGAAGUGUAUGGAUGUCAGGUGGAGGGGGGAGGGGCAAAAGUAAUAGUUUUCACGCAAUCUGCUGAGAAGGAGACGAAGAUGGUUGAAUUGGAAGGCGAGUUCGAAACGGAGAGCCAGGGCCCAGGGGCCAAUGACCCAAGCAGUCAAUUAGAAGGCGAGUUCGAAACGGAGAGCCAGAGCCAGGGCCCAGGGGAUCUUGAAGCAAGCAGGCGCAAAAUGUGUCGGCGUUUGAGGGCAUAUUUUGGAAUGUGCUUUGGAAGUGUAACCUCCGAAGUGACUGGAGAAAACCCGAGCGUGUCAAGCGCCACCUGCGCAACUCUCUGUGAGAGGAAGGAGAAUGUUGUUGUGGGAUAUGAAGACGGGACGUUAAGGCUGUGGAGUACGUCGGAGAGGAAAGUAUUGAGAAUUUUCCGCGGUCACAAGUCGGGAGUGACUUGUGUUGCGAUGAGUGGGGACGGAAGACGGGUGGUAUCUGGAUCGGGGGACAAGAGCGUGCGGGUGUGGGACGUGGAGACGGGAGCACAAGUCGGGGAGGCGUUAGUUGGACACACGGAAUCAGUGUGUAGCGUUGCGAUGAGUGGGGACGGAAGACGUGUGGUAUCUGGAUCGCAUGACAUGAGCGUGCGGGUGUGGGACGUGGAGACGGGAGCACAAGUCGGGGAGGCGUUAGUUGGACACACGGGGUCGGUGUGUAGCCUUGCGAUGAGUGGGGACGGAAGACGUGUGGUAUCUGGAUCCCGGGACAAGAGCGUGCGGGUGUGGGACGUGAAGACGGGAGCACAAGUCGGGGAGGUGUUAGUUGGACACACGGAUUCGGUGUGUAGCGUUGCGAUGAGUGGGGACGGAAGACGCGUGGUAUCUGGAUCGCAUGACAUGAGCGUGCGGGUGUGGGACGUGGAGACGGGAGCUCAAGUCGGGGAGGCGUUAGUUGGACACACGGGGUCGGUGUGGAGCGUUGCGAUGAGUGGGGACGGAAGAUGUGUGGUAUCUGGAUCGCUUGACGGGAGCGUGCGGGUGUGGGACGUGGAGACGGGAGCACAAGUCGGGGAGGCGUUAGUUGGACACACGGGGUUGGUGUGUAGCGUUGCGAUGAGGGGGGACGGAAGACGUGUGGUAUCUGGAUCGUGGGACAAGAGCGUGCGGGUGUGGGACGUGGAGACGGGAGCACAAGUCGGGGAGGCGUUAGUUGGACACACGGGUCCGGUGCUUAGCGUUGCGAUGAGUGGCGACGGAAGACGUGUGGUAUCUGGAUCGCUUGACGGGAGCGUGCGGGUGUGGGACGUGGAGACGGGAGCACAAGUCGGGGAGGCGUUAGUUGGACACACGGAUUGGGUGGGUAGCGUUGCGAUGAGUGGGGACGGAAGACGUGUGGUAUCUGGAUCGGGGGACAAGAGCGUGCAGGUGUGGGACGUGGAGACGGGAGCACAAGUCGGGGAGGCGUUAGUUGGACACACGGGUCCGGUGCUUAGCGUUGCGAUGAGUGGGGACGGAAGACGUGUGGUAUCUGGAUCGAAUGACAAGAGCGUGCGGGUGUGGGACGUGGAGAGAGGGAUCACACUUCAUACCGGGAGGGAAGAGGAUUGGGAAGAAAUCACAGCUCGGUUCCUGAAGACGGCAGACUUGGGUACUGCUUCCCGCGCAGGACGAAGAUCACAAAUAUUUGCAAGGGAGGGAAGAAUUGUGCAAUUGCGAGAGGAUGGGUCUGAGGCCGUCUUGGCCCAGUUGGAGAGUCAUGUAGCAGGCUGGCAGAUAGACCACGAUCACGCGGUCGCAGUUGCAAGGGCGGCGGCCAAUGUGGUUGCUAUCAUGAAGCUAGUGGUGUAAGCUAGUGGUGUAAGUAAGUAUCGAAGUGCGAUGGCCGCUUGCCGCCCGUGACAGUCGUAGUGCGUUGAGGGUUUUUUGCUUUGUUUUUGAUUUGUGAAUGCGUGAGAAGCUCGCCUCACGGACGUUGCAAUCCAUUUAUGUG